AUGCAUCGAAUUGGUUGGUUUGAUGCAUUUCGGGAAAAUGGCGAUCCAACAUGGUUUGGUGAAAAUCGAACGCCUGUGGUAUUCGAUUUACAAAUUUUUGCUUUAGCAUCAAUAUUUAUUAUACCAUUUAUAGCCUUUCUAAUUAUUCUUCCCGGUGUGCGAUAUUAUCGUAUCGCAUCAACGAUCGCAUUCAUGUUGAGUGUUACUGUUGGCGCAAUUAUCUUAAUAAGUAUUCAUCAUCCAAGUUGGCAUCAGGGAAGCAUUCGAAUUUGUUCACCUUAUCGAGCAUUUACAACCGAUAAAUUGAAUGCUAUCCUUGGUGUACGUAUGGGCCUCAAACACCUUAAUGUCACCCUUACAAGUGUGCCAACGUCUGAAAAAGAACACAAGUCAUUGGAUGAUUUGAAAUACAAUGAACGCUUUGAAUUUCUAAAUGUAUUGUCGAUGGAAAUGGAAUUAGAGAAAAGUUUAAAGAAAGGUUUACCAUAUCCAAUUUUGAAAGUAAUCGAAUAUUUAAGUGUGGAUCGAGCGGGAUUUAUUUGGGGGAGACAAUAUCGUCUUACUGGCCAUUAUACCAUAUAUUUACUAUGGACUGCAUUUGCUUUUUGGAUUAUCCAAGUUUUAAUGUUAUGCUUGGUACCACACAAUUUCGCUAAAUUAGUUGUCAUUGUUGGCAUAUUAAUUCUAUCAGCUGAUUUCGUCUAUUUUAUUUUUGUGCCGAAAAAUCUUCAAAUAAGAUUUCCAUCACCAGAUGGGUCAAUAUCAAUUCUCGACUUCCGCCUCUCGACUUGCUUUUAUACAACAUUAGCUGCCGGUGUUACAAGUUUAGUUUAUGGUGGAAUAUUGGUAAUUUUGCAAGCAAAAUCAUUGUAUACACUAAAAACUUUUAUUACCUGUCAUGCUGAUAAGCAAUGUUGCAAAGUGAUGAAAUGCGAGAGUAACAGUAUGCUAUCACUUACGCCACCAAGUUCAACUUUAACGAUCCCAAGUGAAACAACAAUGGUCAGUUUAACUAGACGAAAUAACGCAUUUACCGGAAUAAUUUCUUCACUACCGGAAAGAUUUUAA